UGGAUUUCCUGAAGAAAUCUUUGUGUAAUCGAGAAUAAAUGGAUCAGGUGUUCAACAAGGUUGGAUCCUACUGGUUAGGCCAGAAGGCGAACAAGCAGUUUGACUCUGUCGGCAAGGAUGUCAGCUCGCUAUCAACGAGCAUCGAAGGAGGAACAAAAUGGUUGGUCAACAAAUUCAAAGGAACAAUGCAGAAGCCGUUGGCUGAGUUGCUAAAAGACUAUGAUUUGCCGGUUGGCAUCUUCCCACGCGAUGCUACAAACUACGAGUUCGAUGAGCAGACAAAGAAACUGACGGUGCUGAUCCCAUCAGUCUGCGAAGUUGGCUACAAAGACUCAUCUGUCUUAAAAUUCACCACAACAGUAACGGGACGUCUUGAGAAAGGAAAGCUAGGUGACUUGGAAGGAAUGAAGACAAAAGUAAUGAUAUGGGUCAAAGUCACAAGCAUCUCUGCAGAUUCAUCAAAGGUCUAUUUCACUGCAGGUGUGAAGAAGAGCAGAAACCGAGAUGCUUAUGAGGUGCUAAGAGAUGGCGUCCGAGCCGAUAAAUUUUAGUUACUCCAUAUAUUCUUCUCCUUACCGACUCUUCUUACUUGAAACAUAUAAAUAUUUUUCCUUCUUCAAUUUGCACG